AUGAACUUCAAUCCAGGGGUGAAAGACCAGCUCAGUGCUGGAGAACAGGUUUCUUUUGGUCCCAAUGGAGAAUUUGAAACUGGGUUUGAUGUUUUCAAUUGGGUCACAUUUCCAAACAAGUCCUUUCUGAAGGUCCAAAUUGGAAAGUUCGACCCCAUAGCUCCCCCAGAAAAGCUCCUUACCAUUUCUGCCAAGGAAGCUGUUUGGCCCCAUGUAUUUAACCAGACUUUGCCUCUUUCCAUCUGUAAUGAGAAAUGUCCCUUUGGCUACAGCAAGGUAAAAAUAGAAGAUAAAUUAUCCUGCUGCUAUGACUGUAGACAGUGUCCAGAAGGGAAGAUAGCUGACCAAAUGGACUUAGAUGAUUGUUUCCCAUGUCCAGAGGAUCAACAUCCAAACAAAGGUCGAGAUAAUUGUCUUCCAAAAACUGUAACUUAUUUGAGUUUCCAAGAGCCAUUGGGUAUUUCUUUGGUAACAAUUUCAGUUUCCUUUUCUGUCAUCUCAGCUAUGGUGUUGGGAAUCUUCAUUAAACACCAGGACACUCCCAUUGUCAAAGCCAACAACAGGAACCUCACCUACAUUCUUCUCAUUGCUCUCCUGCUCUCCUUCCUUUGCACUCUGCUCUUCAUUGGGCAACCUAAUCAAGUGAAAUGUCUCUUGCGACAAAGUACUUUUGGCAUCACCUUCUCUAUAGCCCUUUCUUGUAUUUUGGGUAAAACAACCAUAGUAGUUCUUGCUUUCAUGGCCACCAAGCCAGGCUCCAAAAUGAGGAAGUGGGUGGGGAGACGAAUGGCCAACACGAUUGUCCUAUCUGUCUUCAUGGCUCAGUUCACCAUCUGUGUAGUGUGGUUGGCAAUUUCUCCCCCAUUUCCAGAUUCAGACAUGCACUCCAUGGUUGAAGAAAUUGUCUUAGAAUGUAAUGAAGGUUCCACCACAAUGUUUUAUACUGUCCUUGGCUUUAUGGGGCUCUUGACUGCUGUCACUUUCACGGUGGCCUUCUUGGCUAGGAAUUUACCUGACAGCUUCAACGAAGCGAAAUUCAUCACCUUCAGCAUGUUGGUCUUUUGCAGUGUCUGGGUGUCAUUUGUUCCCACCUACUUGAGCACCAAGGGGAAAUAUGUGGUUGCUGUGGAGAUCUUCUCCAUUUUGGCUUCAGCAGCUGGAUUACUGGGCUGCAUCUUUUUCCCCAAGUGCUAUAUCAUUAUUCUGAGACCUGAUUUGAAUAAGAAGGUGCAACUAACAAAAAAAUAAAACUGAUAUUUAAUCCAGACCCCUUGGAUGAAGCCUAAUUGUUUAUUUUCAUGAAACAGGGCUUUCUUUGUUCUGUUUUUGCAGUUUGGGGAGUCAACAUUCUUCCCUCAUAUCACCACAUCAAAGUGACAUACAAGGGCGUAGCAUGAUAUAUAGAGAGACACAGAUAUUAAAGUUGCAGUCAGUCUGUGACAGCACAAGAGAUAAUGCAGCAUGUUUUUAAAAGUUUUAUUGUUAAAUUAUUCUGAUUUUAAUGUUAAUUUUGUUGAUUAUAAAGUAUACUGAUCUUGCCACAUGUCAUCCUUAAUAAAGUGUCUGCAUUU